AUGAAGAAGAAUGAUUGUCCUCAGCACCUGCAGAAGGACCGGAACGAGCAGAACGACCGGAACGAGCAGAACGACUGGAACGAGCAGAAGGACCGGAACGAGCAGAAGGACCGGAACGAGCAGAAGGACCGGAACGAGCAGAAGGACCGGAACGAGCAGAAGGACCGGAACGAGCAGAAGGACCGGAACGAGCAGAAGGACCGGAACGAGCAGAAGGACCGGAACGAGCAGAGAGAAAAGAGGAGGUCUGCUGUAAACACUAGCAUGGCUAACAGAGAGAGCUAG